GGUUUUCUUGGGGGGGUGGUUGUUGUUUUUUUCCCAGUGUACAGUUAGGUCGCCGCUGCCCACUUUAGGAAAUGAGUCAUGCUAGACUAACACGCCGGAAAAGCGCGUUGAAGGAAGGAAAAGAGAGAGAGAGACAGAGAGAGAGAGAGAGAGAGAGAGAGACUGCUGGAAAAGGAGAGGCUGGAGGAGGGCAGAACGCUCACAACAGACGGUAAGACAACACCAGCUAUUCAUCUAUAUUCACAAACAAAACAUUGUCGCCCAUCAUCGCUUUUAGGCAAGGCGCAUAAAUAUAUCAUCCAGAUCCUAGUGUAGUGAUUAGCUGGAUUCUGUGUUAGUGGAUGUUCCUGCUGAAGAACCAGAGCUCUGAGAUGGGGGCAACUCAAUCUCAGACGAAAAUGCUGAAACAAGAUCGACCUGUGAACGCUGCUUUUGGAGGGCAGCCCGGAGCUAAAAACUCGACCUUACGUAUUCUCAGCAACAGCUCAAGGACGUGCGAGAAGGAUGGGAACUUCAACUUCCUGGGUCAAGAUGAAACCGGAGACGAGAACCGCAACCAAACGCGUCCUCGAGCUCUGGGGCUGUCGAGCCGCUAUCCACCACCUUCUGCUAAUCACUAUGUGGCUGGACCCCUCUCUCCGCUGUCUCGCCUUCCCUGCUGGAGCCCCCUGGAACCCCUUCCUGAGAUUGACAGUGGAGAAGAUACAGGAGGCAGGGUGCCUCCUGAUGGAGCAGAAGAAGGAAAAAUCGAUGAGGAGAUGAGGAGAAUGAGUGACGAUGAGAAGGAGCGAGAGCCAGAAGACCUUAUGAAAGGUAAAGCGCAGGACCAGGUGGAGGAAGAAGACGACUUGAUGUUAGACUGGGAUGAGAGCGAUGAAGACUUUGAAAUUAGUUACAGGUCAGAAAGCUCUUCGCCUCUCACCAACGAGAGCGGAGAUGUGACUGGGGGAGACUUUGUAUGGGACCGCAUCUGUGUGGGAGGUUCGAACUCAGAAAAUGGUGAUGCAGCCACAAACCUGGAAGGAACACACAACCGCGUAGAGGACGAGAAAGCCGAGAGGCAACGUAAGAGCCUUGGCGGUUCCAGCCUAGCUGAAGAAGUGUCCUCAGAUUCAGAGGGUGAUCCCUGCUCCGAGCUGCCGGAACUCAUGGAGGCGGUGUGGACCCUGGAAGACCGAGAGCGCUUCAAAGCCCAAGAGAUGCAAAAACACCAUGUGCAGUUGACCAUGUACCGUAGGCUCGCCUUGAUCCGCUGGGUGCGCACCCUGCAGGAACGUGUCCAAGAACAGCAGAACCGACUCCAGUCCAGCUUCGAUAUCAUCCUCACUCACAGGAAAGAGCUGCUCCGCAUGGGCUCAGCUACAGCUGCCGUUAGCCAGUAACAGCAAUAGAGAGAGAAAAAGAGAGAGCAAGAGUAGAGCAGAAGAGGGUCCUGGGGCAUCCCAAGCAGAAACAAAUGACUAAGAACAGUGAGAGAGAACAGAGAAGUCUCUUAAACCAAAUAAUAUCCUGCAUCCCUCAACUGUCAGUCCACAGUUGUUCAUGUCUGUGUUUCAGAUUCUGUUUGCGUCUUUUCGUGCUAUUAUACAUUGUACUUGAAGAUAAAUCAGUGCAAUGCUUUUGAAUGCCUGGCCAAAUGUUUCUUAAUUAAUACGCUCACCCAAACCAGUAGGAAAUCCAGUAGGAAGUCUGUACAUCAUCAAAAUAUAUAUUAUGAAAUAUAUAUAUUAAAAAAAAAUCUAUAAGGAAAAGUUCAUAGACAUAUCAUUAGAAUUUAUGAGUUUGUCGGGUUUGCCUUUUGUGUGUGAAUGAAUGAAUGAAUACAUGAAUAAAUAUUUAAGUUUUAUAUUUGCUUGGUGUCCUUUCAUGAAUACAACUGUAGAUGUCAAGAUUAACAAAUUAAACCAGUUCACUAUAAUAAAAUAAUAAUAAGAUAGAAAUAAAUAAUCUUGCCAUACAAUAAACACUUUCUGAGUUAAUAUUCUAUGACUUCAUUGUCACAAGAUGUCACAACACAUUCUAAGUUUUCAUCAAUAAAACAAACAUGCAAACACAUGAUAUGUUUCUGAAAUCUUCAAGGUGUUGAUUAUCUACAUAUGAAGGAGAAAUGCUGAUAUCGUAUUCUGAAGAAGCAUGGCCUAACGUUUUGUCAAGACUGACUGAAAGCCAUUUUUUAAAUAACUUUUCACUGGUUUAGGCUGCGGAUAGCGUAAACCAGGUUCUGGGUUCUCUGGUUUCCUUCCACCUCCCAAAAACA